UCCACAAUAUCUGUGCAGUCAUGGAGGGACUACUCUCAGUGUGUCUCACGUUGUCCAUGCUCUGGCUUUCUCAUCAAUAUCCCUUCCCUGCCACCCAGUCUUUCAGGAAGGACACGCAUGACAGAGCUAUGCUUCUGGCUGUCAGCCUUGCCCAUCGCCACCGUCGACAUCGUCACCAUCACCACCACCACCAUCAUCACUCCUCUUCAGUUAAGCACGUGCACCACUACCACUCAUCGGGAUCCUCAGGCUCCUCAGGGUCCUCCGGCUGCGGCUGUUGUGGAGGCAGCUCCGGAUCCUCCUCUUCCUCCUCCGAGGACUACCCCAUCCCAAUACCCGUCCCCAUCUCUAGCGGCGGCAGCAGCAGCAGCGGCAGCAGUGGUGCAUCCGACGCAGCCCUUCUGCAGGCUCUCAUCAACGCUGGAAAAUAGAUGCCACUUUCUGGGGAUGUCACAUUGGGCUGCUUUAAAUGCAAUAUUGGAACACUAGGAUUGAAUAAACAUAUUUGAAGA